AUGGCACCAGCGGUGGGCAUAGAUCUUGGGACCACAUACUCCGUGGUGGCAGUAUUCCAGAAUGGGAAAGUGGAGAUCAUUGCGAAUGAGCAAGGUAACAGGACAACGCCCUCGUACGUCGCUUUCACUGACACUGAACGGCUCGUCGGUGAUUCCGCUAAAAGUCAGGUAGCAAUCAAUCCCAAGAACACAGUUUUUGAUGCAAAACGUCUCAUCGGACGCAAGUUUGAUGACCCCAAAUUACAAGAAGACAUUAAACAUUGGCCGUUCCAAGUCAUUUCUGACGGUGGGAAACCGAAAAUUGUCGUUGAAUAUAAAAAAGAAACGAAAAGGUUUUCUCCAGAAGAAAUCUCAUCCAUGGUCUUAAAUAAAAUGAAAGACAUUGCUGAAACAUAUUUGGGUGAGACGGUUAAGGACGCUGUUAUCACUGUGCCAGCUUAUUUUAAUGACUCCCAGAGGCAGGCUACAAAAGAUUCUGGUGUAAUAGCUGGCCUUAAUGUUCUCAGAAUCAUUAACGAACCCACAGCCGCCGCUCUUGCCUACGGUCUCGAUAAAAAUUUAACUGGCGAAAAGAAUGUACUGAUAUUUGAUCUUGGUGGUGGUACAUUCGAUGUUUCAAUUCUUCAAAUUGCUGAAGGAUCCCUGUUCGAAGUAAAGUCUACAUCAGGAGAUACUCACUUGGGCGGAGAAGAUUUUGACAGCAGAAUGGUGGAUCAUUUCAGUCAAGAGUUUGAAAGAAAAUAUAAAAAGAACUUGAAAGAAAAUGUAAAAUCGUUGAGAAGACUUCGAACGGCUUGUGAGAGAGCUAAAAGAACACUGUCAACUAGCUCAGAAGCGAGUAUAGAGAUAGAUGCGUUGUUUGAAGGAAUCGACUUCUAUUCUAAGCUCACGAGAGCGCGAUUUGAGGAGCUAUGCACUGACUUAUUUCGAUCAACCUUGGGUCCCGUAGAAAGAGCAUUAAAAGAUGCUAAAUUGAACACGAGAGAAAUCCAUGAUGUAGUUUUGGUUGGCGGCUCUACAAGGAUACCGAAGAUUCAAAGGUUGUUACAGGAAUUUUUUGGUGGCAAGUCUCUUAAUCUCUCUAUUAAUCCUGACGAAGCUGUAGCAUAUGGGGCUGCAGUACAAGCAGCUAUUCUAAGCGGUUCUAAGGACACACGCCUUGCUGAAGUAUUAUUGGUCGAUGUAACACCCCUUUCGCUGGGUAUUGAAACCGCUGGUGGAGUGAUGACCCGUUUAGUAGAAAGAAAUACUCGAAUCCCAAUAGCGCAGAAACAAACUUUUAGUACUUAUGCUGACAAUCAACCCGCUGUUACCAUUCAGAUAUACGAAGGCGAAAGAGCAAUGACAAAAGACAAUAAUUUGUUGGGCACUUUUAACUUAACCGGCAUACCACCAGCUCCAAGAGGAAUACCUCAAAUUGAAGUUACAUUUGACAUUGACGCCAAUGGCAUUCUUAAUGUUAGCGCUCAAGAUAGAAGUACGGGGAGAUCGGAACAUAUUACAAUUUCCAAUGACAGAGGCCGCCUCAGUAAGAAUGAUAUUGACAAAAUGUUGCACGAAGCUGAGCAGUUCAAAGCAGAGGAUGAAGCCUCCAAGAAGAAAGUCGAAGUUAAGAAUCAGUUGGAAGGCUACAUUUUUGGCUGUAAAACGGCAGUAGACAAUGCUGGAUCCAGGUUGACGGAGGAUGAGAAGAAUAAAGUUCGUAAUGAGUGCAACAAUCAGCUGCGAUGGCUCGAAUCUCAUGGUAACGCUUCGAUCGACGAGCUGGAGAAUCAUUUGAAGGAAUUGCAAGCUGUGUGUCAACCCGCCAUGAUGAGACUACACGGCGUUGGGGGAGGGCCAAGUAACCAGCAACCAGAGAAUGAAGGCCCAAGAGUCACAGAACUUGAUUAA